AUGUCUAAGACUGCGUCGCGUACCAGCAGCAAGACAAAUCCACGAAAUGAAUUGCCAAGAAAAACUACAAAAUCGCCGGCUGCCAGCGGUACAGGCGCAAUCACCAAGGACAGAAAAUCACUGGUCAAGCAGCCGGACAGCGUGGAAGGCGACCGGGUGCUAAAGAAACCAGCAAGGACAGCGACAACAACAACAACAUCAACGAGCAGAAGACCAGCAGUGUCAUCGAAUGCGAGCAAAACCAAAGUGAGGGAUCCUCCCCAGCCCACCAAGCGGACGACCCCAUCGCCCAGCACAUUGCGGGCCGUCAAACAACAGCCCCAGCCCAUCAAAGCGAAGCCCAAGUCCAAGCCAAAUGCCGUGCUGGACACAUACCACAGCGUGACGGUGGCAUCGCCGCCGCAGAAGCGUCGAGUGCAGCCAAAACCAGCAACAGAGGCAACAGAGGAGCCAGAAAGAGCUGCACCUCAGCCCAGGACACGCACACUUACUCGCACGCUCGACCCAGAGGAGGUAAAGGUGCUCAAGCGGGAGUCGGCCAAGCAGAGGAGCGACAUCGAUGUGGAAUCUCUGCCCGUGAAGCAGCCAGUGGCCUUCGAGGUGAAGUUUGAGGAAGCAAAGACAAAGACAGACAAUGAGUCGGACAACUAUUCGGAUGACUUUGAGUCGUACGAAUCGGAUUUUGAGACUGGCUCCAGCACGCCCGAGGAGGAAGCAGACGAUGACGAUGAUGAUGAGGAGGAGGAAGAGGAAGAGCCGGAGGAGACAGAAGAGAGAAAAGAAAAGCCAAUGGCAGAGCUAGAGCCAGAGCCAGACAUCGUCGAAGAAGAGGAGGAGGAGGAGGAAGACGAGGACUCUGAGCCCACGCAGAACCCCAUCACAGUGAUACAUCGGGACAGGGAGCAGGAUCGCAAACUGGACUCUGGCCACUACGACAUGCACAUGCGCCGCCAUCCGCUGCUGGCCGAGCUCAGCUCGCAGUCGACGCAGCAUCAGUGCGACAGCUUCGACACCAACUCAAUGGCCAACUCGGAGCAGCUGGACUCUGGCAUAAGCACAACGGACCAGGAGAAACCCCCAAGCGGAGAGUCAGAGUCCAAUGUCUAUUAUGGAGGCUAUGCCAACUUUGCAUCCCAUCCCGUGGAGAGUCGCCGCGGCAAGGAGCUCAUGAGGAAGCUGCGCUUCGACCACCUAAACUAUCGUCUGUUCGAGAUGAAGCCCCUGAGCUACGAGGGCUACAUGCAGAGCUACGGCAAGCUGAACACCUGCCAGCUGGCCACCCAGACGCAAUCCCCGUACGUGGACACCGAGUGCCAGACCCUGGAGCUGCACAGUCGCAGCAGUUGGACCCAGCAUCCGCCCCACUAUGGCGGUCAGCUGGUGCUCAGCUGCAGCGGGGAUGCCGAAGCGGAAACGCUGCUGAAGCGACCCACAGAUGCCUACGAGACGAGCCUGUCCCGCCUGGAGCAGCUGCAUCGCGUGGAACAGGAGCGGGCGCAGCAACAACAGAGGCUGCGCCUGGCCAAACCCACCGACUUUGAGCGUCUCGGUGCGUUCCUGCAAAAGGCCUCGCGGCUGCUGGGCAAAGUGCUGAAUGAAAACAGCCAACGAACAGCCCGACCCAACAGCCCGCGCCACCUCCCCCUGCAGACGGGACUGCUGAACGCUCUGCCCGUGCGCCGCAUCUUCGGCAGCUGGGGAAGCGGGCAGCUCGUGGUCACGGUGCACGAGUGUCCGCCACAGAGCAACGUGUACAGCGAUGACUUUGCCAACUUGCUGAUGGUCUGGUCGCUGAGCCAUCCCGGCAAGCCGCUGCGCCUGCUGUCCACCUGGUCGGAGGUUUGCCGCGUGGCCUUCUGCUACGAGGCGCCGGACAUCAUUGUGGCAGGUCUCAGGGAUGGCAGUGCGGCCAUGUGGGAUCUGCGCGAGACCUACAGCUACUGCUCCAAGUUGGACGGCCACUUGACUCACUUUGCUGCCACGCAGUCGGUGGUGCCGUCGCUGCUGGGGCAGGCGACUGCCUUGGAUCUCGGUGCCAUGGUGGAUGUGCGCAGCUUCCGCAGCCAGCCCAAGCCAGUGGCAGUGGCAGUGGCAGGAGGAAUGCAUGCCGCGCACAAGGAAAUCCAGUACGCAUCGCUGAAUGACUCUGGAUUGCUGACCAUGUGGACGCUGGUGGAGGGCGCCUCUAGCGCUGGCAGCUCGGGCAGCAAUGAAUACAGCUCGCCGUGGGCCCGGGUGAAGCUGCUGCAGAGCGCCAGCUGCGAUCUGAGGGGAUAUCUGGAGCGGCGGCUGCUGAGGAGCAACCAGAGUGCCUACGAGAAGACCAAGUCCCUGUUCCAGGGCAACGUCUAUAGCGACGAUCUGCUGAGGGAGCUGAACGAGACGCAGACCCUGAGCACGGCCCUGCAGGGCCAGGGAUUGCAGGGGCUGCGCUUCACCAGCAUCGACACGGGCAGCGACCUCAUCUACGUGUGCAGCAAUCGGAACUUUGUGCUCUGUUGCACGCGCAGCCUGAAGACGGAGCGCUUCAGCCGGAUAGCGGUCAACGAGUGCCGCUUCCUGUUCCCCACCUCGCUCUGUGUGCUCUCCAACGAGAGCUUCGUGGCGGUGGGUCUGUCCAACGGCUCCGUGAUGAUACUCAAUUGCAAUCAGCGGCAGCACCAGCGUCAGGGCCACAAGAGGCCCACCACGGGGAUGCCACCAUCAACCGCUGACCUCGGUCCGGAAAUUGGCAAAUCCUGUGCCAUCCAGAACAUCAUCCUCAACGAGCGUCACUCCUUCGAGCAGCAAAUGGAUCCACCGGAGGGCAGCAGCUACGAUCUGAGGCCCAACACGGCCCUGGAGCUGAUUCGGCAGCCGCGUCGCUCCUACGAGAUGCGCAUCUUUGACCAGCAGCUCCUGCUCAGCGGCAGUGGGCUACGUCAGCAUCUCGUUCAGGCUCUGGUCCUCUCCAACGACGGCUGGCGCCUCUCUGCCCUGGCCAAUGGAGCUAUACGCACCUACGACUUCUACUUGGAUAAGGAACUCCCCCAGCAGCAGCCAGGCGAAAGCAGAUCCCAAAUCAUGGACAUAGCCGCCGCACGCAGCUCAGGGAAUGAGCAGCAUUUACUCAUCCUCGACCAUGCGGGACAGGUGCAAAUGCAUUCACUCGACUCCGCCUAAACUGUUGAUUCUUUUUUAAUUAUUACUUCUAUGCGUUUGUUGAGCCCUUUCGUUGCGAGCAAAUAAAAAUAAAAUAU